AUGACGGAAAAGAAUCAGAUAAGCUCCACGGGCUCAACCGCAGGAGAUAUCCUCAAUGAAAGGGAAGCAGAAGCAGGGUCAAACAGCAAUUUCCUCGCAGCCUCCAGCAAGGAAACUCGAGACGUCUCUGAGAACUCCUCAACCACAGAUGUGGACCCGGAGAAAUCUGAACAACCUGCAGAAACUGCCGAAGAACUUCCUUUACGAGACAUCACUGGCUGGAAAUGGGCAGUCGUCGUUCUGUCCAUCCUUAGUUCAACUUUCUUAUUCGCACUUGACAACACCAUUGUAGCCGACAUCCAGCCCGUCAUCGUCCUGCACUUCAACGACGUUAAAAACCUCACCUGGCUCUCUGUAGCAUUCCUCAUCGGUGCCGCAGCCACCAACUUGAUCUGGGGCAAAAUCUUCGGGCAGUUUAAUGCCAAAUGGACUUACAUACUGUGCGUCUUGCUCUUCGAACUAGGCUCCGCUAUCUGCGGCGCCGCGCCAUCUAUGGAUGCUCUCAUCAUCGGACGGGCCAUCUGCGGUGUUGCCGGCUCGGGAAUGUACGUUGGAGUCAUGACUCUUCUCGCUGUAACGACGACUAUUCACGAACGUCCCAUGUAUAUUGGCGGUACUGGUUUAACCUGGGGUCUCGGGACAGUUCUUGGACCCGUCACCGGCGGUGGUUUCUCGGACAGCCCAGCAGGAUGGAGAUGGGCAUUCUACAUCAACCUUUGCAUCGGCGCUGCCUGCGCCCCCGUCUAUCUGUUCAUACUCCCCAACAAAGACCCCCGCCCGGGAAUCCCUUUGAUGGACCGCGCUCGUGAGAUGGACUACGUCGGAAGUGUUCUCACCAUGGGAGCCUUCGCCUCCGGCGUCAUGGCCGUAUCCUUCGGCGGUGUAACCUAUGACUGGAAUUCCGAACAAACCAUCGGCCUCUUCUGCUGUUCUGGCGUCCUCUUCAUCCUCUUGGGACUUCAACAAGUUUACGCCAUUUUCACCACCACUAGCCGACGUAUCUUCCCAGUGGAGUUUUUCAAGUCGAGGACUAUGCUCAUUCUCUUCGCCAUGACCGCUGCAGGCGGAACCGCAAUCUUCAUUCCCAUCUACAUGAUCCCGAUCUUCUUCCAGUUCACCCGCAACGACACCGCCCUCGAAGCAGGCGUGCGUCUCCUCCCCUUCAUCAUGCUCAUGAUCUUCGCCGUCAUCGGAAAUGGCGCCAUCCUCUCUACCUACGGCUACUACAUGCCCUGGUACACGCUCGGCGGUCUCCUCUGCCUAACCGGCGGCGCGCUCAUGUAUACCGUGGAUACCGAGACAUCAGUAGCAAGAGUGUAUGGCUACAGCAUCAUCAUCGGGUUCGGCGACGGUCUGUUUGCACAAGCUUCUUUCUCCAUAGCGCAAGCUAUCGUGGACCCACAACUCAUCACCUCAGCUGUAGGCUUUAUCACUUGCGCACAGGUCUCUGGCGUCACUAUCGCUUUAGCUAUUGCGAACUCAGUCUUCCUUAAUAAAUCUCAAACCUCGAUCGCGGAACUUCUGCCUGGUACGCCAUUGGCUGAAGUCCAGCAGGCUAUUGCUGGUGCUGGUAGUGCUUUUGUUGCUAGUUUGAGCGAUGUUGUGAAAACGGAGGUAUUGAAGGCAAUUGUCUCUGCCAUGAGCAAAACCUAUAUCCUUGUUAUUACCGCUGGUGCACUUGCCACCGUGUUGAGUUUGGGGAUGAAGAGGGAGAGACUGUUUAUUGCUGCUGGUCAUGCUGGGUAG